CGCUGGGUCCCGGCAGCCGCAGCACCUUGGCGCCUCUCUCGCUCCUCGCCGCCGCCGCCAUGACCACCACUAUCCGCCAGUUCACCUCCUCCAGCUCCAUCAAGGGCUCCUCGGGCCUCGGGGGCGGCUCAUCCCGCACCUCCUGCCGGCUCUCGGGCAGCCUGGGUGGCGGCUCCUGCAGGCUGGGCUCGGCCAGCGGCCUUGGGGGCGGCAGCGGCUUCUCCAGCUGCUACAGCUUUGGCUCCGGCAGCGGCUAUGGCGGCAGCUUGGGGGGCGUCGACGGGCUGCUGGGCGGAGGUGAGAAGGCCACCAUGCAGAACCUCAACGACCGCCUGGCCUCCUACCUGGACAAGGUGCGCGCCCUGGAGCAGGCCAACGCCGAGCUGGAGGUGAAGAUCCGAGACUGGUACCAGAAGCAGGCUCCCGGGCCCGUCCGUGACUACAGCCCCUACUACAAGACCAUCGAGGACCUGAAGAACAAGAUCCUGGUGGCCAACGUGGAUAACGCCAACGUCCUGCUGCAGAUUGACAAUGCCCGGCUGGCUGCAGAUGACUUCCGCACCAAGUUCGAGACGGAGCAGACCCUGCGCAUGAGCGUGGAGUCCGACAUCAACGGGCUGCGCAGGGUGCUGGACGAGCUGACCCUGUCCAGGGCCGACCUGGAGAUGCAGAUCGAGAACCUGAACGAGGAGCUAGCCUUCCUGAAGAAGAACCACGAGGAGGAAAUGAACGCCCUGCGCGGCCAGGUGGGCGGCGAGAUCAACGUGGAGAUGGACGCGGCCCCCGGCGUGGACCUGAGCCGCAUCCUGAACGAGAUGCGCGACCAGUACGAGAAGAUGGCGGAGAAGAACCGCAAGGACGCGGAGGACUGGUUCUUCAGCAAGACCGAGGAGCUGAACCGCGAGGUGGCCACCAACAGCCAGCUGGUGCAGAGCGGCAAGAGCGAGAUCUCCGAGCUGCGGCGCUCCGUGCAGGCCUUGGAGAUCGAGCUGCAGUCCCAGCUCAGCAUGAAAGCGUCCCUGGAAGGCAGCCUGGCAGAAACAGAGAACCGCUACUGCGUGCAGCUGUCGCAGAUCCAGGGCCUGAUCGGCAGCGUGGAGGAGCAGCUGGCCCAGCUGCGCUGCGAGAUGGAGCAGCAGAGCCAGGAGUACAAGAUCCUGCUGGACGUGAAGACGCGGCUGGAGCAGGAGAUCGCCACCUACCGCCGCCUGCUGGAGGGCGAGGACGCCCACCUGACUCAGUACAAGCCCAAAGAACCUGUGACCACCCGCCAGGUGCGCACCAUCGUGGAGGAGGUGCAGGAUGGCAAGGUCAUCUCCUCCCGGGAGCAGGUGCACCAGACCACCCGCUGAGGCCCGGGCCCUCCCGGCCGGCCGCCCCGCGCCCCCGGAGGCAGGGACACGGCUGCCCCCUCUGCCCUGCAGCCUCCAGCUUCUCCAGCCCCUGCCCUCUGCAUCGGCCCCUUCCCCACGCCCCCUGCCUGGCACCAAUAAAGCUUGUUGACUCAGAUGCA